AUGCCGAGCAGUUCCCCGACGCACCUGCGUCCCUCCUCGACCGCCUCCUCGCCGUCGCCGUCCCCGACGGAUGCCGCGCCGCGCUGGUCGCGCCACGACUCCUCGCGGCGGCUGCACAACCGCCGGCGCAGCAGCAACAACAACAACAGCCAUGCGCCGUCGUCGGCCGCUGACGCCUCCUACCUCGCCCAGGCCCUGUCCCUCGUGCAGCAGACCGUCGCGUGGGGCCUGAGCAUGCUCGCCUGGUACCUGCGGCUGCCGCGCCUCCAGCAGGCGCUCGUCGGCGGCGCCGGCCUCGUGCUCGGGGUGCUCGGCCUGCUCGCGCUGCUCUACACGCACGCCUUCUUCGCCUGGCUCGGCCCCGUCGCCGACAAGUGGCGCCGGCUGCCCGCCGGCUGGCUCAUCAACUUCGCCAUGGUCUUUGUCACGUCGUUCCCGCCCGUCAUCGGCUACGCGACCGCCACCACCGUCGCCGGCUUCGUCUGGGGCUUCCCCUGGGGCUGGCCCGUUGCCGCCGCCGCCUGCACCCUCGGCAGCCUGUGCGCCUUCGUCGCGAGCCGCACCGUCCUCGGCGGCUUCGUCGAGCGCAUGGUCGGCAAGGACCCGCGCUUCAUGGCCCUCGCCCAGGUUAUGCGCAAGGAGGGCAUCCUCUACCUCACCGCCAUCCGCUUCUGCCCGCUGCCUUUUAGCCUGAGCAACGGCUUCCUCGCCACGAUCCCUAGCAUCACGCCUCUGGCAUUUACGGUAUCUACUGCCCUCUCAAGUGUCAAACUCCUCGUCCACGUCUUCAUCGGCAGCCGCCUCGCCGUGCUCUUCGAAAAGGGCGCCGAAAUGUCCACCCGCGACAAGGUCAUCAACUGGACCGGAAUGGCCCUCAGCGGCCUUGUUGGCCUCGCCGUCGGCUUCGUCAUCUACCGCCGCACCAUGAAGCGCGCCGCCGAGAUUGCUCGCGAGCAGGCCAUGGACGGCACCGAUGCCGAGCACGGCCACGCCGGCUACGUCGACUCCGAGACCACCCUCCUCGACCCAGAAGAUGCUGCCGCCAUCAUGUCCGACGACGACCUGUCUAUGUGGGAGGCCCAGGGCGGCAACUACUCGGACGAGGAAAGCGGCAGCGGCAGCGACGGCAACCGGUCCAAGUCCAACGGCCUCAAGCUGCUCUAG